CCGCGUUGUGGUCGGUUCGGCAGGCGCACCAGGGCCGGGGAGGGGAGGGGCGGAGCGGCCUUAUCGCCCGGUCCUGCGACCACCGCCCGGAGCUCCAGAGCUGGUCCGGUGGCCGACCUCUCGCCAUGGGCUUCGGGCUGCGCGGGGCGCUGAGCCUGCUGCUUCUGCUGCUCGCGCCGCCGGGCCGCUCGGCCGCGGGCUGUCCCGCCCCGUGUCGCUGCGCAGGUACACGCGUGGACUGCGGGCGCCGCGGGCUGACGUGGGCCUCGCUGCCGGCCGUCUUCCCGCCGGACACGACCGAGCUGGUGCUGACCGGCAACAACCUGACGGCGCUGCCGCCCGGGCUGCUGGACGCGCUGCCGGUGCUGCGCGCCGCGCACCUGGGCGCCAACCCUUGGCGCUGCGACUGCCACCUGGUGCCGCUGCGGGCCUGGCUGGCCGGCCGGCCUGAGCGCGAGCUCUACCGCGACCUGCGCUGCGCCGCGCCCCCCGCGCUGCGGGGCCGCCUGCUACCCUACUUGGCGGAGGACGAGCUGCGCGCCACCUGCCCGCCCGGUGCGCUCUGCCGCGGGGCGCUGGCGGCGCAGCUCCUGCUGCUGGUCCUCGGGCUGUUGCACGCGCUGCUGCUGGCGCUGCUGCUGUGCCGCCUGCGGAGCCUGCGCGCCCGCGCCACGCGCCGGAGGCCGCUGAGCGAGCCGCUGGCCGCCGAGCGCGCGACCCCCGAGCCGAGCGACUGGCGCUGAACCGUGCGGCCGGGCCCCCUCCCCCGUCCUCACGAUCUCCCAGACCUGCCUGCCCGGCGGCCCCGCGCAGGGGCCCGACUGCUGCGCCACCGCUGGCCACACGCACCCAUGCCUGGACUUGGACCGAGGAGCCCCCCACGCUGUCUGCGCUGCCAAUAAACCCUGCUCCCCACCCGA